AAGUACUUAUAAAAGCAAGUAAGUACAAAAGAGAAAAAACAAAUAAAAAUAAAAUAAAGAAAAGGAAAGUUGGAGAAAGAGAGAGGAAAAAAAAAAGAAUAGGAAAGUUAAGAGACAAAAUGGAAAGAGAAAAUGGGGAGAACAAUAAUUCUUGCUAACCAAACACAUCAUCAUUCAUCAUCAUCUGUGAGAAAGAGAAAGAGAGGAACAACAACCAGAGAGCUUGGUUUCCUCAAAUCCAUCAUCCCUUUUUCCUGUCUUCCCUCUCUCUUUCCCUUCUUUUUCAGAUUUCAAUCACUUACCAACUCUCAAAAAUUCAAUCCUUUUUUUCCAAUCUCCAGUUUUAUUUAUUUCUUGGCACCACCAAAAAAAACCAACUUAAUGUGAUUCUUUGUAAGAUAUUUCAUCUGUUUUUUUUUUUUUUCAAAAAAUCAUGCCCAGAUCUCAACAUUAUUUGAUCUCGAUGCAUCAUCCUGAGUUGUUUGAACCUCAGAUAAAUGAAAGAAUGAAGGCGUAACAGUGGUUGUAUAAAGCUUUAUUUUGGUUUAGGGUGGUGAAGAUAAGAAUUUUGUGAGGUGCAUGAUCUCCCAGUGGUUACUACAAUUGGUUAAGUAAUUGGAUUUCUUGAUUGAUGAUUCUUAGAGUUUUGAGUAUAUUGACCAGCGAGGCAUUUAGGUCAACUUGAAGGGGAGUGUUGUUUCAAGGGAUGAUCAAGCAGAUACUCAAUAGGCUUCCGCGGAAGCCGUCAAAGACAGGAGAAAAUCGUGAUGGAGGAACCUCUACAUUUCAGUCAAAUGCUUCAAAUAGUUCAAGAAGCAGUGACGUGUCUAAUUCCCGACAAGGGAGUUUGAGUGCUCCAUCCCUCUCAGGCGUCGUUGGUUCUUCAGGUCCAGGACUGAACCAUGGAAAUAGAUUUCCACAGGCUAUAAAUGCUAAGGUAAAUGGACAUGCAGCAGUUUUCUCGUAUGAGGCAUUGCCUACUUUGAGGGAUGUACCAGCUUCUGAGAAACAAAACUUGUUCAUCAAAAAGCUGAACUUGUGUUGUGUCUUGUUUGACUUCUCUGAUCCAACUAAAAACUUGAAAGAAAAAGAUAUCAAACGUCAGACAUUGGUGGAGCUAGUUGAUUAUGUUACUUCUGCAAAUGGGAGAUUUACAGAAACAGUCAUGCAAGAAAUAAUUAAGAUGGUAUCCGUAAAUUUAUUCAGACCUCCUGCCCCCCAGCCUCGUGAAAACAAAGUUUUGGAAGGUUUUGACUUGGAAGAAGACGAACCGUUGAUGGACCCUGCGUGGCCUCAUUUGCAAAUUGUGUAUGAGUUCUUUCUCAGGUUUGUGGCAUCACCAGAGACAGAUGCAAAAUUGGCUAAGAGAUACAUUGAUCACUCAUUUGUUCUAAGGUUAUUAGAUCUCUUCGAUUCAGAAGAUCCAAGAGAAAGAGAGUACUUAAAGACUGUACUUCAUCGCAUAUAUGGAAAGUUCAUGGUGCACCGCCCAUUCAUUAGGAAAUCAAUCAACAAUAUAUUUUAUCGGUUUAUUUUUGAAACUGAGAAGCAUAAUGGAAUAGCAGAACUGUUAGAAAUUUUGGGAAGUAUAAUCAAUGGAUUUGCUCUACCACUAAAAGAAGAACACAAAUUGUUCCUUGUUCGAGCUCUUAUUCCACUUCAUAAACCAAAGUGCGUACAUAUGUAUCAUCAGCAGUUAUCUUACUGUAUAACACAAUUUGUGGAAAAGGACUGCAAGCUUGCUGAUACUGUCAUAAGAGGUCUGUUGAAAUAUUGGCCUAUCACAAACAGUUCAAAGGAAGUAAUGUUCGUAAGUGAGCUGGAAGAGGUCCUAGAAGCAACUCAGCCUCCAGAGUUUCAGCGCUGUAUGGUUCCUAUGUUUCGUCGCAUCAGUCAUUGCUUGAGCAGCUCACACUUUCAGGUGGCCGAGAGGGCUUUGUUCCUGUGGAACAAUGAUCAUGUUGAGAACUUAAUCAAACAAAAUCGCAACGUUAUAUUACCAAUAAUCUUUCCUGCCUUGGAAAAGAAUGCUAGAGGCCACUGGAAUCAGGCAGUACAAAGCUUGACAUUGAAUGUCCGCAAAAUCUUCUCUGAUGUUGAUCCUGAGCUCUUUGAAGAAUGCUUGCAAAAAUUUGAAGAAUAUCAUGCUCAUGAAGAAGAGAACAAGACAAAACGUGAAAUGACUUGGAAACGGCUAGAGGAGAUUGCAGCAAUGAAAGCUGCUAGCAAUGAGCCAGUGCUAGUUUCUCCGAGGAUAACUCCUCAUUCAUCCACUGGCUAGAGACUGGUAUAUGUGUCGCUGUUAGUUCAACCUUGGUGAGCCGACCUCUAUGCUAAUCGAGGAUGGGAAUUGUGUCAAAGGAGGUGGAAUCAUCAUAUUGAGUCACGUCUCCUAGUUUGUUCAUAUUGUGAUACUUCCCUACAAGUUGCUUCUCAGGUCUCUCAGUGAACAGAUUGGAUACCUUUUUGGAUUCAGAUGCAAUGACUGUACAUAUGGAAUUGCGUGACAGUGCUUCAAGGUUUUUAUAUUCUGCAAGUGCAGGCAUAGCUGGAGUUAAUUUGGUAUUCUUUUUGUUGAAUUUACAAGUGAUGAGAUUGAAAGAACAUCAUUCUUCAGGUAGCUUUAAGAUUAUUUUGCAUGCAGUUUUCCUUCUAGUCUGUAUUAUCACAUGUGUAUCUUUUGGCAUUUGCUGCUUGGCAUGAGAUGUUUCUGUAGAUAAUCUUCAGGACUUCCAAAUUAACACAGUAAAGGCACAAUGUUGAAUGACAGUAUUCUUUUGAA